UCUUGACGGGGAGGGUCGUUCGUUCGGUUGCCUUGUUAUCAUACCCCCUCCAUCAAUUUCUUAUUUGCACCGUUUCGAUACACUAGCUUGUUCGUCGUUAGCCUGCGUCCGGUAAAACCAGACGCAGGGUCAACAGAUAAAAUAUAUCUAAUGUAUAGUUUAUGGUAUUAUAGUGAACAAGUGAAUAUCUUAGAUUCCAUAAAAUUGUAAUAUUGUAAUUAUUUUUUUUUUGUUAUAUCAGAAAAAUCAACAGACACAACAUCAAACUUAAAAUAAUACUUACUGUGUUUAACGGUCUACCAAUUUUAUUCUACAUUGAAUUUAAGUAUACAUAAUAUACAUACAUAGCAUACUUAUUAUAUAUAUACAUAUAUAUAUAUGUCGUUCGCGAUAUAAAAUCAAAGUGUUCCUUUAAGUUUUCUUUCGUUUCGUCUCACGCAAAUGCGUACACUUGUGUGCCCUUUUUUGAUGUGGAGGGAAUGCUGACGCUGCAACAUCUUUCAAUAGGAGGAAGGAUCAUCAACCGAAAAUGGGGUCGAAGAGACGACGUAUCAGAAUAAGACGAGGACCGCUAACAUAAUCGAUUUAUAUAGCGCGUCGUGUAGAUAAAUAAAAUGAUGACCGCCAUGGCCAGGUUGCCUUGUAAGCAAUCCUCGCCCUCGCAACAACAAAGAGUUAAUAAUUUUGGAAAUAGUCGUAAUACUUAUUGGGAUAUGCAAGCUAGGCAUCCGACGCCACCUUACGUUAGAAAUCAUCAUCGGCAUGUUGAUCACACAGGAAAACGUAAAAGUGCAGUGGAAUUAUUGCAAGAAACAAAAGCAUUUUACGUUAAAAGCGAGACUGUCUUGGACCGUAAACAGGAACUCAAGAAUAGCGGUCAUCUUCAAGUAUCUCAGCUGAGUGCACCUAGUGCACCACCUAGGUUACUUAGGAAAUGUGGAAAUACAGCAGGUGUACCGUGCUCGAUACAAUCACCCUCGCCAUCACAAAUAUCUAACCCUGUAACACCACCCUGUUGUUGGGCCACGUGUCACGAUCAGGAUAGAACAGAUGGGAUUUUGAGUCCUCAACAAACACUGCCACCCGCGCUGCCACCAAAGAGCCCACGCUUAGUCCCUGUUCCGCAGCGGCGCACUAUUUCAGGGCCACCGAGUGCUACGAGCGGGGAUCAAUUGCAGACAAAAUUACGGAGAUUACUCAACACUGAUAGCAAGGAGAACGUCUUCUUCCCGGAAAGCCCAACACAGGCUACUUGUCUUCAAACUACGAACGGUCCCCCCACACGCGAAGAAAAGUUCAGAUAUUCACCUGGCAGUUUAUCACCUGGCUGCCGAGACGAUGACCGUGCAUCGCAUUGUAUACCGCCGGACGUUAGGUUCAAAUUUGGUCGAAGUAAUUCGCAUUCUCAUACGUCCGGUCCAGCUAGUAGAAAAUCUAAUACUUCCCCGUCAGCGGAGAAUACGAUUUGCCAUAAAUCAUUGCCUGAUCUUCAUACCAGUACGCAUCGUCGAGCUUCAUUAUCACCACGUAACUCGACCAAAUCAUCUGCCAAACAACCUGGACAUCAUCACGGUGUCAACAAUUGUCUAGAUUGCGAGACCAGUUCGGAUUAUUCCGAGCAUAGUUUCAAACGUGACGCUAUUUGUUAUCGCAGUACGCGUCACAUCAGACGAUCGUUAGGCUCUGGUGGUGGAGAUGCAAGUAGUGUUCUAUCAUCCGGUGGCAGAACACAAAAAUCAUCUGGCUCGAGUAAAUUGAGCCAUGGCGCUACUGCAAGAGAUUCCGGUGGAUCAUCCGGACAUUAUACUCAUCGUAGCGAACCACCUCCAAGGUUACAGGAUUAUUGGACUCAUGUACGUAGAGACAGCGGUGCAUCGACACAACAUUCAACCGAUAAAAACCGUUCAAGAAAGGGUAGUUAUGCCAGUGGCACACCACCUUCCGUUGUGAGACAUUAUAGUCCUGAUACUGAAAGCAGUGAAAGCCAAACCGAUUACAGUCCUACUUUCAAUUCAAGAUUCUCAGAUGGCUGGAAAGAAGGACGUGGUAGGCAAAUUUUAAGAUCUAAAUCAGAUAUAAGUGAUCGUUAUUGGAGACAAGAUAAUGGUCGUACGAGCAAAUUGUCAGCACGAGCACCGCGCUCGGUGACACAAUUGGAAAAUUUCUUUGAUCGUUUGGGUUUAGAUUCGGAUAAUUUUCAACUUAUCACCGAACCCGAUUCGAAAUCUUCGUCGCCCGUAUUCUUCGACAGCGUUAGCUCGGUCGACUCUGCGUUAGGUCUUUAUUCAUGGAUUGGAAAUAAUCAGACAAAUCAGGGUAGUCAAUGGCAGAAUAAUAAUUGUAGCAUUGGCAUGGGUAAUGACGAUUCUAAUCAAAGAGUCAACGAUCCACCAAGUAUCGUUGAACGAAAUGCUCGAAUUAUUAAAUGGCUUUGCCAAUGUCGCAAAGUACAAUUUGGUUACAGUUAAAUAAAUACUGUCAUGGAUUAUUCAUUCGCUUGCCAAAUUAUAUGAUAUUUUUCAAAGAAUUUUUUCAUUUUUAGACACAAUCAUGUUGAUUUUUUCUCUUGAUGUUUUAUUAAUUAUUGCAAUGUUUGUUUUUUUUUAUAGUUAAAAAAAGGAUUUUUUUAAAUAUAUAUAUAUUUUUUUUUGUAAACAAAAGUUGUGCCAUUAGACUAUAGCAAUCCGUUAUUUAUUCAAUUAUUACAUUCUCAUUUUUAAUUCGUUUAAAUUUUAUUAUAUUUUAUAUGAUAUUUUUACAAUUGCAAUUAGUAAAAAGUCAAAUAGAGAAAACGUGGCGAAAGUAAUUAUUAAUACGAUGAGUUUUACUUCGCAACAAUUAUUUUGUUUCGGUAAAAGUUCUUAUCGAAGAAAUUGCGGUUACUAUUUUGUAAGUAAUAGAAAUGAGAUGUAAGAAAAUGAAUUUUUUUGAUUCAUUUUUUUCUAUGUAUAUAUUUGAAGAGUUUAAUUGAUAUGUUUUUUCU